AUGGCUGUGGAUAAAUCGACCGACAGGAUGGAUGAGGAGAAGGGCUUCCCGAAUGAUGUAGGUGUUAAGACAUUAGAAGUUAAGAAGGGAUGUGGAUGGGGAAGACAUGCUACAAGGAAAAGGUUGCCUGGAGUUACGAUCUGGUUAGAGCUUAUAGCAAUUGCUCUCUUAGUCACAAUGUUAUAUCGACAACAACAUGCGUUAGGAUGUUUGUCAUUGGCGAUGCUAGGGUUUGGUAAUACGUCUGCGAGACCUAAUACUACUCUUCCUUCAUUUGUGUUUGAUUAUGCACCACUUGUUUGGUUGGACGAAGCAGAAAUGUAUUUUCCUUCCGACAUGUACGCCCAAAUCCUCAAUACUAAGCCCUAUGUCAAUCUUACCUUAAUACCAAAUGACACGCUUCCUUCUCCACUCAACCUCGAAAAUCUUGAUUUUUUGAAUAAUUGGGGUCUAAACGUCUAUCUAACCUCCAAUAUUGAUGUCACCACCUCCCCUGCUUACCUUACCGGCGUCGUCCCCUCCUCAGCUACCGGCCGUACCCAAAACGCCAUUUCCUGUUCCGUAAUUCUCUCCGAUCAUGGGGAUGGUCUCAUGGAUGUCUUUUACAUGUAUUUUUACGCCUAUAAUCAAGGAAACACCGUUUUCGGACAAGAAUUAGGUGAUCAUAUAGGAGAUUGGGAACACAACAUGAUUCGCUUCGUAAACGGUACUCCCCAAGCAGUCUGGUAUUCCCAACAUGCAAAUGGUCAAGCAUUCCUCUAUUCUGUUGUUGAGAAAAGUGGAAAGAGACCUAUUGCCUACUCGGCUCGUGGUUCUCACGCUAAUUACGCUAUUCCCGGUACUCACGACCAUACGAUCCCAGAUCUCAAUCUUCCAGCUGGCCUCCUCCAGGAUUAUACAUCAAGAGGUACACUUUGGGAUCCAGUCCUGUCGUCAUAUUUCUACACAUAUGAUAUCGUGAGUAAAAGUUUCACGGCGGCAAGUGAAGGGAGUCCGGUUGGUGCGAUGGAAUAUGAGGGGAGGUGGGGGGAUGCUCAGUAUCCGAAAAAUGAUAAGAGACAGAUUGGUGAGGAAAAAGGUAUGUCCUGA